AUGAAGAUCGAUGAACUCCCCGACAAUGAGUUUACCUCUGCAACCCCUCCAGCACCAGGCCAAGACUUUGACCUUCUAGCCCAAGCCAUGGCAUCCUCCUUCCCCGGGUUUUCCCCCUCGGACCCCUCGAACCCCUCAUCCACCACCCCCUCUCUCCCCCCCUCCCUCGCAUCCCUACGCGAUAAAUCCGGCCCCGAGAUCCUCCAAUCGCUAAACUCUACUCCCCUAUUCAUGACCGAACUAGAAGAGAAUGACGAAGUCGAAGCUUUCAAGGCAUUAGCAUAUGAAGGCACACCCCUAGAAAUCGCAACGAACUUCAAGGAGCAGGGAAAUGAUAGCUUCAAGGAAAAACGGUUGGCGGAUGCCAAGGAGUUUUAUACUAAAGGGGUGAGUAUUUUAUUGGCGGAGGUGAGGCGGAGACAGAAGGGUGAGAAGAGGGAGGGGGAUGCUCCUGAGGAGGGGGUGGAUGAGGUGGUUGAGGAGGUUAAGGUCCUGGAGGUGUUGCUUGUGAAUAGGGCGAUGUGUCAUUUGAGACUUAAGAACUAUAGGAGUUGUGUGCAGGAUUGCGGGGCAGUGUUGCGGAUCAAUAAUUCGAAUACGAAGGCGCUUUACAGGAGUGCGAAAGCAUUGUUGGCGUUGGGGAGGAUAAAGGAGGCGGAUGAUGCAUGUGUGAGGGGGUUGGAGUUGGCGGGGGAGGAUAAGGCGCUUUUGGUGUUGGCAGGGGAGAUCUUGAAGAAAAAUGAGGAGAUUGAGGCGAAGAGGAAGAAGGAGGUAACAAGAUUGGUGAAAGAGAAAAAUGUAGAGAGGAUAUUGAAGACGUCCUUGGAGGCGAGGGAAAUCAAAUUACGGAUGUCGGAUAAACCACCCGAAAUGGAGGAUGCGAAGAUUGAGCUAGUGCCAGAUGCAUUGGAUCCGAUCAAUUCGACAUUAUCUUUCCCAGUCCUUCUUCUAUACCCUCUAGCAGCCGAAUCAGAUUUCAUCAAGUCGUUUAAUGAGAUGGAUACGGUAGGACAGCAUUUAGCCUACAUAUUACCGCUUCCGUGGGAUACAAAGGGGGAAUAUAGAGAUGAGAAGGUGGUGGAGUGUUAUGUGGAGAAGAAAAAGGGCUCGUUGAUAAAAGUGGGAAGAAAAGUUACGCUAUUGAAGGUUUUGAAUGGCGGAGAAGUACUGGAUGGUGUUGUGAGUAUAUAUGUAGUGCCGAAGCAGAAGGCGGCGGGGUGGAUAGAGGAGUGGAAAAGAAAAAAUGUGGUGGCGGUUAAAUAA